AUAAGACCUUUUUGUGUUUUGGAAUGUAGAAUGGAAUGUGGGAAAUACACAAAGGAGAUGUCGGAAAGAGUAAGGAGUUAGUCCUAACGGUUAAGCGGACAUCCAACAAAUUCAGCAAGACAGAGUUAGAUGUCUCUUUUGCAGGAGAAUCUUCGUCGCCGCAGCAGGAGAAUCUUGUCAUCAAAGGUUGCCCCUUUCAGAAAUCAUGUACCAUUUACAGUCAAGACUCCAUCGUUGCACAGACGAGUUUGAUGUACAAGCUGAGGCAGAUUUACGUAGGGAGAAGCAAGUUCCGGCUAACUAUAUUUCCAGGAUCCAUUGAUCGUUCUCUAGUUGUCGCUAUGGUCGCUGUGUUUCUUCAAGGCAGAAAUUGAGUUCAAAUAAAUCUUCAAACUUGGCUUCUCAUUGUAAAGGGAAAAUGUGACAAAAAGGCAUUGAUCUUAUUAAGUGGUACAUUGCAUUCUCAAUGCCUUUUGAUUCAAUCGGCUCUGAAGUGAAAAUGUGAAUACGAGGAGCUUUGCACUUUAUCGAUUCUAUUGUCAGCCCUUUGACAUUUUAGUUUCUUCUUUCUCCUUUGAAACAUAUAUGACUAGAAAUUCUGGUAACAGGGGUGGAUAUAAGAAAACUUUUAGUCGUGUGUAUGAUUACGAGAUUUGAUUUGUCUACGAAUAUUUUCAUAGGUUUUGAGUUAAGUACCUGAUUCUGA